UUAGUGAUCCAAGUCAUUUGAAGUCUCACAUGCGGACUCACACAGGGGAGAAACCCUACAGGUGUGAGGAGUGCAGCAGGCAGUUCUGUCAGCUUAGUGAUCUAAGGAGACACAUACGGACUCACACUGGUGAGAAGCCCUACAAGUGUGACGAGUGCAGCAGGCAGUUUAGUGAGCUGGGUCAUCUGAAGAGUCACAUGCGAACUCACGCAAGGGAGAAACCCUACAGGUGUGAGGAGUGCAGCAGGCAGUUCUGUCAGCUUAGUGAUCUAAGGAGACACAUACGGACUCACACUGGUGAGAAGCCCUACAAGUGUGAAGAGUGCAGCAGGCAGUUUAGUCAGCUGGGUGAUCUGAAGAGACACAUGCGGACUCAUACCGGUGAGAAGCCCUACAGGUGUGAGGAGUGCAGCAGGCACUUCAGUCAGCUGAGUCAUCUGAAGGAACAUAUACGGACUCACACAGGGGAGAAACCCUACAGGUGUGAGGAGUGCAGUAGGCACUUCAGUCAGCUGAGUCAUCUGAAGGAACACAUACGGACUCACACAGGGGAGAAACCCUACAGGUGUGAGGAGUGCAGCAGGCAGUUUAGUGAGCUGGGUUAUCUGAAGAGACACAUGAGAACUCACACUGGGGAGAAACCCUACAGGUGUGAGGAGUGUAGCAGGCAGUUUAGUGAGCUGGGUCAUCUGAAGACCCACAUGCGGACUCACACAGGAGAGAAACCCUACAGGUGUGAGGAGUGCAGCAGGCAGUUUAGUAAGCGGGAUCAUCUUAAGAAUCACAUGCGCAUUCACACAGGGGAGAAACCCUACAGGUGUGAGGAGUGCAGCAGGCAGUUUAGUAAGCAGGAUCAUCUGAAGAGACACAUGCGCAUUCACUCAGGGGAGAAACCUUACAGGUGUGAGGAGUGCAGCAGGCAGUUUAGUCAGCUGGGUGAUCUGAAGAAACACAUGCGGAUUCACACAGGGGAGAAACCUUACAGGUGUGAGGAGUGCAGCAGGCAGUUUAGUGAGCUGGGUUAUCUGAAGAGACACAUGCGGACUCACACAGGGGAGAAACCCUACAGGUGUGAGGAGUGCAGCAGGCAGUUUAGUAAGCGGUAUCAUCUGAAGAAUCACAUGCGCAUUCACACAGGGGAGAAACCCUACAGGUGUGAGGACUGUAGUCGGCAGUUUAGUCAGCUGGGUCAUCUGAAGUCUCACAUGCGGACUCACACAGGAGAGAAACCCUACAGAUGUGAGGAGUGCAGCAUGCAGUUCACUCGUCUGGGUAAUCUGAAGUCUCACAUGCGGACUCACACCGGUGAGAAACCCUACAGGUGUGAGGAGUGCAGCAUGCAGUUCAGACAGCGGAGUGAUCUGAAGUCUCACAUGCGGACUCACACAGGGGAGAAACCCUACACGUGUGAGGAGUGUAGCAGGCAGUUUAGUGAGCUGGGCAAUCUGAAGAAACACAUGCGGACUCACACAGGGGAGAAACCCUACAGGUGUGAGGAGUGCAGCCGGCAGUUCAGACAGCGGAGUGAUCUGAAGAAACACAUGCGGACUCACACAGGGGAGAAGCCCUACAGAUGUGAGAAGUGCAGCAGGCAGUUCAGUCAGCUGAGUCAUCUGAAGGAACACAUACGGACUCACACUGGGGAGAAACCCUACAGGUGUGAGGAGUGCAGCAGGCAGUUCUGUAAGCUAAGUGAUCUAAGGAGACACAUACGGACUCACACCGGUGAGAAGCCCUACAAGUGUGAGGAGUGCAGCAGGCAGUUCAGUGAGCUGGGUCAUCUAAAGAGACACAUGCAAACUCACACAGGGGAGAAACCCUACAGGUGUGUGGAGUGCAGCAGGCAGUUUAGUCAGCUGGGUGAUCUGAAGAGACACAUGCGGACUCAUACCGGUGAGAAGCCCUACAGGUGUGAGGAGUGCAGUAGGCACUUCAGUCGGCUGAGUCAUCUGAAGGAACAUAUACGGACUCACACAGGGGAGAAACCCUACAGGUGUGAGGAGUGCAGUAGGCACUUCAGUCAGCUGAGUCAUCUGAAGGAAGUCAUACGGACUCACACAGGGGAGAAACCCUACAGGUGUGAGGAGUGCAGCAGGCAGUUUAGUGAGCUGGGUUAUCUGAAAAGACACAUGCGAACUCACACUGGGGAGAAACCCUACAGGUGUGAGGAGUGUAGCAGGCAGUUUAGUGAGCUGGGUCAUCUGAAGACCCACAUGUACAUGCGGACUCACACAGGGGAGAAACCCUACAGGUGUGAGGAGUGUAGCAGGCAGUUCAGUGUUCUAGGUAACCUGAAGACCCACAUGCAAACUCACACAAGGAAGAAACCCAAGAAGCAAGUUUGAGGAUUGUAGCUCAGUCUGCUUGUUAGCAUGGAGAAUGACAUGGAAGUCUUAAGAUUUAGAAAGCACAUUGCACAGGUAUCCAUGUGUUGAACUACAGGACAGAUGCUGGUGUGGUAGUGAAGUAUUGCAUACAAACUUAGUAAAUCUGUAGAUCUUGAAAAACAUCUUGCUUAUUUCUAUUCUCUUCACAUGUGUAUUCUUAUAUCAAUUAUGUAGCUGUUGAUUAUGGUGGAUUUGACUUGCAGGUAUGAAGUACAUUGUUUAGUAUAGUUUAGGUCCCAGUUGGUGAGUUUGCUAGUACUAGUGCAUUUUCUACAUUCAGGUUUCAGGUUCUCACUAAGAUUAGUAAUACAUACAUUACUUAUCAGCUUUUGUUUCAUAUUUAACUUUGUUUCUGUUGAUGUGCAUGUUUUCUUACUUAUCCAUUUAGUUAAGAAAAAACAUUAGAAUAGAACUGUAGGUAUAUUGUUACAUAUGUUCAAGUGUGGAUACAAAUAUGAUAGACUGUUAGUUCUUUUUAUUUACAAAAUGUAUUAUAACGUUAUAUUGUUAUAUAUGUCAGGUUUCCUGGUAUAGAUAUGAUUUUUUUUUAGAUGAAAUUGCAAACAUAACAUCUGCACAGGGGACAACACUACUUGCAUCACUCUGAAUUAUGAACAAUUGGUUACAUCAGUUACAUCACUAGAACCCAACUGUUAACAGUGAUAUUAUAACCUGUUUGUAGAAUCUUACAUUUCACUGGAAUGUUCACAUAGCUGGACUUAGAGGUAUCUAAAGACUCACCUACAGACUCGCUUCUAUGAAACGCAAGAAGUGAAAGGAGUGCAAAACCACUGUUUUGAUGAAUGAGUUGUUGACUUUUAGUCAUGUAAAGCCCAACCUGUCAGAAAAAGUCAGACAGGGAAAAAAACUUAGGUGUGCAUCAGACUGUUCAAACAACUGGGUCAUCGCAAAAGGCACACGCAAACUCUCAAGUGGAAGGUUUUCAAACACCAGGUUAAGGCAGUAAUGGCCUAAAGAAGAUGGAACAUUCGAAACCCUACAGGAAAAAAUUGGGACAUUUUGCGUUGAGGAAAUGUGGAAAUUCAAGUUCAGUUACUGUCAUGACUAAGAGUGAGUUUUACUUAAAAUCUCACUGAAAGUUUUUUUUUAU